GUGCUUGCUAGAGCUUGCUAGAGGAGACGAACCUAACCAAACACCGGUCCUCGAAGUCAUCACCUUUCCUGUCCAACGGAGCAUUGCAUUAUCAAUAUUCAUCUCGACCAUCAUGGCUUAUUCUCACCAGAAACCCAGAGGAUUCAUCCUAUACUUCCCCGUGUCAAAUGACUCAACCGCCAAUUCCCAAAUUGGAACUGCGGCCGACGUGCCUCAAACCACCGACAUGAAGAGGGCUGAUCUCUCAGCAAACACCGACCUCAUUGAUCCUGGCUGGAUCGCACCGGCCAAGAUCGAUGCAGUGUUGCGCAAACGAUCGAGCACCAGUGCCAGCAAGGUUUCCACAAACACAUCGAGAUUGCCCGAUGCCACCUCCAAUUCCAGCAACGAGAUCAAACCCGACAAUGCUGAUGCAGACAAGUCGACUGAUGCAGCCUGACACAAUGCAGCAAACAUGCAGGGAUAGUUGAGCCUAGCUGGCAAUCAUCAAUAAGCGGUUGUGAGAGUCAAACGGAUGAACAAGCGCCACAGGAUGAUGCGACAGGCUGAUGGAGGGCAGAGCUGCCUGGACAGACUUCAUUUGUCGCCCUAUGUUGACCCUAUCGGAUGGGUAGCUUCAC